AUGCCUCCGGUAACACCUCGAUGUACUGGUCGCUGGACUACGACCAGCAGUUCGUCAAGUUCGAAAUACAUUUGCCUUUGCGCAAAUGGGAAUGGUUCGCCAUCGGAUUUUCAGACUAUGGCGAAUUCUAUCCGGCCGACUACUGCAUUCUGUGGACUGGCUGGAAGGAUGGCAUCAAGUUCGAG